GCAACCUCGAAAUGGUACCAAAUAUCUGGCACUGCCGACUUCACAGUUACUUUAUGACGAGUGAAGCUGUAUAAUCACCAACAGCGCUUCGAUUUGUAUAUUCUGAAUUAAUCCAUAUACCCCGCAAAGGCCAGAAAGUGAGCAAUCGACAGCGCGCGACUGCUUACGGAACGAUUCCGAUCCUUCGAUGUAUACGACCUGAAAUCGCCCCGUAAUAUAAUUACUGCGCCCAUCGAACGAAAUGCCCUAUCUGCCUCAGAACAAGCCAUUCUGAAGGUUGUCAUCUGGCGACAAAGCCUCGAACAUUCCUAUCCAGCCAGCAAUUGCCCCGUUUGAGCUCGGUACUGCGAUACACGAUCAAUAGAGCGAGAUAUACGAAGCUGGGGAACCCAAUAUGCCCGAUCCUUUAGCAUAAUUGUAGACGUUUGCAACGCGAUUGUCGCAUGUCGACCAGCAUGUUCUCAUACCUGAAGCCGCACAGGCGCAAUCCCUCCUCGAACCCAGUCUCCCCCAUCUCGGACCGACCGCACUCCUUUGAGCGCACUUCACAGCUGACCCCGGAACAACACUCGCAUCCCUACACAUCUCGAAAACCGGAGGACAACAACACACCAGACCGGCCUCGCACACCGUCGGACAACCCCCCGUUGCUGCCUCCAAUUGCCCGCGUUUCUUCGCCCGAGAAGGAGGAGUUGGAGCCCAUUAGACUGAAUGGCGCAGGCAAACCAACUGAACCGAAGAGCUUCGAGCACAUGCCCAUUAGGCAGAAUGGUGGAGCAAAACCGACAGAGCCGAAGAGCUUCGAGCAGGUGCCCAUAUCACGCCUGUCGAAUGCAGGUCUAUAUUCAUCAGAACGGCCCCAAUACCCCCCUCAGAACAGCUAUGGGCAGUCAGGCACUGGCAUGCAGCAGCCGUCCGGGCAGGGCCAAGGUGGCGGGCGAUUGCCAUUUGUCACAUCCGCAGACCUUCAAUCGACCCACGCCCAUGUUGCCCGAAGACCAAUGGGAGCCCGGAUGCCGUCGCCACCACCGACACUGCCUGCGAACCCUAUAUCCACCUUCGAUGCAUCACAAAAGAGCUCCAGCAAGACGAGGCUGAACCUCCUGAACCCCAUGUCGCUGCUGGCUCGCCGUAGAACAGCGCAACCUGUGCCACAACUACUGGCGGUUCCGACGGGGAACUUUCCCACGCAGCUUAGUCCGUCGGAUUAUGAUCCCCGCAUCCGCGGGACGAAGGUUCACGAUUUUAGCGCGCCGAGGCCGAGGCCCACCGUCUCCCAUGGAAAGCCCGCUGAGGCGAAGAGUGAACAGCCUCAAGUUGAUGCCAAAAAGAAUAAGACGCCAGAAGAUGGGGAGCGUAGCCCUCAUACGCCCGCCUUCAAAGAGGAUUUCGAGGAAGAGCAGUAUCCGGCUGCUGGACCCCAUGUUCGAAAGGCAAACGAUUUUAGUGACCUGGCGAUCCCCCCACGUCCAGCGUAUGCCAGGGAAGCACAGUCGUCCAAAGCAAGCACCCCAGAUGCGAGCACCGCCAAACCUGCUACCCCAGAAACCGAAAUAGCACAAAAUAAACCAGAGGAAACCCUCCAGACAGUUGGCGCAUCUGGCAGUAGCGACACAGGGCUACUUGAGGACGAAGACACCCAAACCGUCAGACAGGCCUCGAUUAGCAGCCGCCGCAAACAUUCCAAAUAUUCAUCUUCAUCUUUAUCUUCACAACGCCAGCUACGAAACCCUUCUCUCAUUUCGAACCGAGACAGCUCAUCGACCAUGAAGCAUAUGAAGAGUAACUCGUCUAGAUUCAGCUUCGAUAUGAUCGGAGCUGCUAGCCAGGAAAAGCUGCUAGAGGACAGGCAUAGGGAAAAAGCAUUGAGAAAGCAGAGCGAAACUCCGGAACCAGAUAUUGGAGUGUUCGACGAGGAAGAGGAUUACGAUUAUGAAAAUAUGAUGGACGAUGAUGGAUUGGAAGAACGGAUUCCUGGCGUCAAUGCUGAUAUGGACGACGAUGAUGAUGACGACGACGAUAUGUUUGGGCAGCGAUGGGGUAUUGGCGGGUUUACUCUCCAGACAGGCCCAAUGGUAUCACUGGACCCUAUAAAUGAUUAUACGCCGAGAGACUUGGAUGGAAAUCCAAUCAGCCGUGGGAUGUCGAGAGAGCCCGAAACCGAAGCACAGGGAACCCCACAAGAAGCAAAUGGAAUUUUUUAUGAGGAUGCCGGCAUCUCCCCAAAUACAGCGCAGAGCCGGGAACUUAGUGGCCUGGGGCUCGAAGGCCUCGAGCUCGACGAAGAUCCUGUGCCUGUCACCGAGCCUCUUGUUCCUUAUCGUCAAUCUCAGAUUAUCGCUCCGAGGAAAGUUCUGGAUGAAGAUGAUAUGUACUUCGAUGACGGCAUGAUUGAUCACAACGAUUAUGACCCAGAGGGCCCGGAAUUUGAUGAAUCUAUCUUCGAUAAUGAUGAUACUGAUCAAUAUGGCCGGCCCCUGGCCCCAUUGUCUUCUCUCCCCACUUUAUACUCGCCGCCUCUCAUCCACACGACAACGGACUCCCUGAAUCUCAGUAAGAGAGACAGUGCAGACUCUCAGAAACAGGCGGCACAACAUGAGCAAUUGACAGCGGAUUCAUUGACAGUCCCACCGUCCGACGCUCAGCCUCAACCUGACAGCCCAAAGCUGUUGCAGCCGGCUGCGAGUUUGACACAAGAUACUCUCAGCGCAUAUCAAUCAGCAUUAGCCGCCGCAGCAUAUGCCGCAGCUGCGAGCGGCAGAUUUCGCCGCGAUAGCACGCCAGGAGGCAAUAUUGCUGACGAGUAUGAGGGCGAUCCCAACGAAGUCAACCUCUACUCACCCAGCAUAGAAGAUGACUUUGACUACGACGACGCCUUCGAGGACGACCCCAUAAUUGCCGAGGCCAAUGCCGAAGCCCUAGCCUUCGACGAUGACGGCUUCUACAGUCAAGAAUUUGGCUUUUACUCUGCUCCCGCAGGCACCGAAGCUCUCUACGCCAAUGGCGGCUUCUUUGGACCGCGUGGAGCCGAAGGGAUUAUCAGGAGCCAAAGCGGACGUGUGCGAGAGCCGAAUCUCACGCCUAUUACCGAGCGCAGUGAGUACUCGAAUCGCAACUCUAUUAUGAGCUUGCCGCAGCUGGCGAGCGCCAUGAGCCACGGCUCUGCAAAUGUGACGAGCCCGGGACUUGCGCAGCUCGCGGGGCUCUUGAGUGAUCAGGAGGACGAGAAUAUGACAUUGAGCGCGCUGCUCAAGCUGCGGCGUGGGCAAUGGGGGGGAAGUCAGUCGUCGUUACCUGCUAGUGGGGGAGGGAGCCCAUCAGUGGCGAGCCCGGGGGAUGACCAUAGCGGUGGGAGCCGUACGGGACACUUAGGGCAGUGGCAGCAGAACCAGAUGGGGUCUAGUCCUUCAGGGCAGCUGGCACCAUGGCAACAAGGUCAAGCGGGUUCGAGUCCUUCGGGGCAGUUGACACCAUGGCAACAAGGUCAAGCGGGUUCAAGUCCUUCGGGACAGAUGCCGCCGUGGCAGCAGCAAUCGAGUCUUAGCCCCGUGGAUACACGAGAUCAGUUUCAACAAGGCAACGCAUUAUUGAAGCACAGCAGGAAGGGAAGCACAUUCUCCUUAACUAGCAACUACAGCCGAGACUCCGAGGCAAGCUCGCCGAAUGCAAGUCCGGAGACGCAGUUCAAUCCCAACCCAGUACUGAAAGCCCAGCUACAGACACAGCAGGGUCCAGUACAAACUGUGAACCGCAGCUCUACUACUUCAUCACGGUCUAAUAUCCAGUCAACCUCUCGAAUCGCAUCGCCCACCUCAACGCAUUUCGAUCACGACUCCAUAUCCUUCCCCCAGAGCUCUAACAACAACAAACCCAAGGAAAAAGGAGCAGAGCUGAAGAAACACCGCCACACAGGCAGCAGCGACAGCAUCUCAUACAUGAAGGAAGAAGACCCCGUCACCGGGGAGCGCUGGGUCCUGGAGCGGCGCCGGACGGCUGAGAGCGGUGUGGAGGUGCUGGAACGAGAGGUCAUUAGUAAUGGACGCAUAUAGCUUUUCUCUUUUCUAGGCGUUUUGGAAGUACUCAUGUGGUGGAAUUCUAUCUCCCUCGACCCUGGUUUUAGGUACGAGGUUGGCCCUGGCGCAUUGAGGCGGUGAGCAUAUAGGGUUGGGGUUGGUGAAGAUAUUUAUUGGAUGGCAGCAUGCAGCGUAAGACCUGGGAGGACAUAAUUUCUGGGGAAACGUGGAAACAUACAGAGGGAUCGGAACAUAUUUGGCGGGGUAAUAAUGGGGUAAUGGGGUAAUAAUGGGAAUGGCGGGGAGAUCAGAGGCCGGGUUGGCUAUGGCUAUGAUGUGCACCGGUGGCGGUCAGACGAAAUAUGAUAAUAUACCUGCGUGAUCCACUCUACAUCGGACAUCCCAUGCUGCCAUUGUGUUUGAGAAAAAUGCACAAACACCGCUCACCGCUUCCUCCUGCAUGUAAUCGGCGAUGCCAGGUUUGUCGCGCCGUUGGAAGAAGGGAUGGGGGCCGUGGCAGAUAGAUAUCACCCGCAUCGGCAGUUAUCCUCAGACGAAACGCUGAAUCUAUCCGCACCUCAUCCCAUCCUAUCUUAUCGAUAUCUACCCAUCCCCAACCGUGCGCCGUUGGACUUCAAGAUCCUGAAUCCCCGUCCGCUGUUUAUAUGAUAAUGCGCGGCUGCAUCCAUCUCGGGGAUCUAGGGCGGGCGCUGUGGCGGCUGAAUGCGCCGGGUGCAGCGGGUGUCAGCCGCGACGCGAGGGAGGGUAUAGGCGAUUUUUUAAGGUUGGUAAUAUGGGUAAUUCGGAGUUUUGGGGCGGCGGGAGAGGGUGGCUAUUCUUGUCAGAGGAGGGUGUGUGGUCGGUAGUGGCUCUGUGCGCUGGGUUUGAGGCUGUUAGUUGAGGCUGUUUUGGACUUGGAUCUGGGGUUUGGAGGUGGGUGUUGGAGAGGGUGAUGGCUUGGAGGAUCUACUAUAGGCUGCCGAAUCUAUAAGACU